GAUGAAGCUAACAUCAAUCAACAGAUGGUAACUUUCGGGACAGUCAGAUCAGAUCUCCCUAUGGCAUCCAGCAUCCCCCUCUGCGUCAAACCGAAGGCACAAUGGAACAGAAGCCCUCCCUCCACGCCAAAGAGCCCUAUAAAAGACCCCUCUCGCCCAGCCUGAGCACAAAACUCUACUCCUCUCUCUUAGAGACACCAACAGAUCAAAUCAUGACUCCAAACAUUAUUACCGAAGCUCAUUCCCACUCAAUCGGUACUCGAAUGACUGUAGCUCAGAGAAAAGAGGCACAUGAAUUGAGAAAGACUCUCAAGCCAUUGAUGGAAAAGAGAAGGCGGGCUCGCAUUAACGAGAGCCUCAAUCACUUAAAAACACUAAUACUCCCUCUGGUCGGCAAAGACGCUUCACGUUACUCAAAGCUCGAGAAAGCUGACAUUCUCGAAAUGACUGUCCGGUUCCUCAAAGAUCUGCCUUCCUCAUCGGCUAAAGGUCAAACAGACAGCUAUAAAGAGGGUUAUAAAGCCUGUUUGCAGCGCAUCUCUGUGAUGCUGCCUCAGUCUAACCUAGGAACAGAAACCUCUCAGCGCGUCAACGAGUUCAUUCAGCACUCGAUGGUGUCUGCGGCAUCGUCCUGCGAGAACUGCUGUGGUCAGAACUCCAGAAUGAUUUCACAAAUGCACCAGAGACUUGUGAGCUUGAGGAACAACAACUCUACGAUGGAGAACCACUCCACCGGUAACGCGUCAGCACCCAGCCAAGCUCAGCCUGCGCCACAGGCAGCUGUGGACAUGUGGAGACCGUGGUGACCAAACACGCAACAGGAG